AUGUCGAUGGAAUCAUUGGUGGAUGUUGCUCAGUUGCUUUAUGAUACUGAGCAGUAUCACCAAACAAAGCUUGUAUCUGAUAUUCCUCCACCAAACAUCUUUGAAUUGCGUGCCAUGGUAGAUAGAAACCAUAACUCAAACUAUCAACGCACCACGAAUUCCCAUCAAUCCACUCGAUAUAAAAGUCAUCCUUAUGCUCAGAAAUCUUCUUAUGCGCCAUCAAGCAGCCAUUCAUCACUUGAUUCUGAUAGUCGUCAGUCUCAUUCUUCAAAACUGUUUCGCAAUGAUGUCAAAGUGCGAUACGAGACUCCUGUUUCUUGGCUUAUAAGAGGAGCCAAGUCAAGAUCAGCUAAUUCAUGGAUGAACCAUGCUGAUAUCAUUGUGCAAGAGGCCAUGCCAGUCGAUUACAACGUUCUGUGCUAUUCAGAUUUGGUUGAACAACUACUAACUGCAAAGAAAUCACUUGCAGAACUUCCAAAAGAUGCCUUGAUAAAAGGUCGUGAUGCUGCCAAUCCAUACGAGCUUGUAGGAAAGUCGGUUUUUAUCGACAGCUCGGCUGUAAAACUUGCCAGUUUAGAUGCACAAUUUAAUUUCUCCAACAUCGAUCAAAAGACGCAAAAUGACUAUGGUAUAGAAUUUGCAGAUUUUUGCUCUGAAUAUGGAGGGUUUACAGAGUAUCUUCUUUGGCGCAAACAGCUUAUGCGUCAGCCAGCACGUGGAUGGGGGAUGACUUUGCGCGGCGAGAAGGAUUAUAUGUUCAAAAAAAUGAUUGUUCCGCCCGGUGCUUUUCCACAGCUAGAUUUUGAAGCAGUGUACGGUAUUGAUGGGUCGGGUGAUAUCUGCAACUCGGAAAAUAUUAAGGCCUUUGCUGAUCAUGUCAUGAAAGCCACGAAUGGUCGCGGAGUUGAUUUAGUACUUGCUGAUGGAGAACUCGAUACCAUGCACGAUGGCAUGCAUCUAGAAAAUCAUUCACACCAACGCAUGCUAUGUCAAAUUCUUUCCAUGUUCCAUAUUCUAAAGCAAGUUACACCACUAUCUGGAGAGCUAUUGUAUAUUUUACAUUUGCACUUUUCCAAGAUCGCUAUUUUAAAACCACUGGCUAGCAGACCAGCAGACGCUGAGAGGUACAUUAUUUGCGAAAACCUCGAGCUUUCGUUCCCAUCCCCACUUAUUGCUCAUCUUUUUGAAUGCAAUUCAAAGUUUGAUCUGCUCAAAUCUAGUGCUGAUCGUGCUUACAGCUCUCGUCAACCUGAGCCUGAUACCGAAAACAAGGCUGCAUUGGGACUGCAGCAAGUAUCAGACAUUUUGAAUCGAGACUGGGUAUUGAGCGACGAGACAUUUGUUGAUUACAUUCAGGCAUUGAAUAUGAAAAUGGCUGUAAAGCAACGGGAAGCCAUUUUGGAAUUACUCAAAUAUACUGGACAACCUGGAGUUGUAACGCCACUACCUUUUGAUCAGAUACAAAUUCGUGAUCAGUGUUUGAAUGCAUGGAAGCUUCCAAAUCUCGACGCUGUUGAAAAACCACUUGCAUCAAAACGAGAGGAUGAAAGUCGAAGCCGGUCGUAUAGUCAGAGCAACCACAGCUAUUACGAUAGGGACAGUCGAUAUCAGAGGCAAGAUAGAUCUAGACCAUAUCGCAGUUCAAAUUCUCAGUAUGGGAGUGGAGCUCAAAGAGAGAAUUACGACUAUCAACAUUACUGAUCUGCUCUGCAUGGUGUUAGCAAUCUAUUUUAAUCUGAAUUGAUACUACUAUGCAAACGGAUUCAAACAUCUGCUACUGCAACAUUUAUUCACAAGUAGUUUAGGCGUAGGAAAUUAAAUCAUAGCAGAAAUAAUAAAACAUAUCAAGUAUU